CAUGGCUUGUGACAGCGUCAGUGAUUUCGGGGAAUGCAGCCCGAGUGCCUUUGCUAUAACAAUUCGUAUUUUAUUUAAAGUGGCUGUUAUUAUUAUUUCUCUGUAAAAGGACUGCCUUCACAAACAAACAUCUGCUUGAAGCGGAGGAUGCAUGCGACGCUAUUUGUAAUGUCUGCAUCAUUUUUCAACCCCAGUUUUGCAUUCAGCUCGCAUUUUGAUCCUGAUAGUGCCCCCCUGAGUGAGCUCUCCUGGUCCUCCUCCCUGGCUGUCGUGGCUGUUUCCUUCUCCGGACUCUUCACCUUCAUCUUCCUCAUGUUGGCCUGUCUGUGCUGCAAGAAGGGAGACAUCGGCUUCAAGGAGUUCGAGAACACAGAGGGAGAGGAGUACCAGGCCGAAUUCUCCACCCUCGCCUCUUCCACGUCUCAGACCGGGCCCGAGGUUUAUGUCCUGCCGCUCACUGAGGUGUCCCUUCCUGUCUCCAAGCAGCCUGGGAGAUCAGUCCAACUCCUCAAGUCCACUGACCUGGGCCGGCACAGCCUGCUCUACCUCAAAGAGAUCGGACAUGGCUGGUUCGGGAAGGUCCUCCUGGGCGAGGUCAAUGCGAGUCUCAGCACGACUCAGGUAGUGGUGAAGGAGCUGAAGGCGAGUGCCAGCGUGCAGGACCAGAUGCAGUUCCUGGAAGAGGUGCAGCCUUACAGGUCCCUUCAGCACCCCCAUGUCCUGCAGUGUCUGGCACAGUGCACAGAGGUCACUCCCUACCUGCUGGUCAUGGAGUUCUGUCCACUGGGUGAUUUGAAAGGAUACCUGCGAAGCUGUCGGGCUGCAGACUCGAUGACCCCUGACCCCUUGACUCUCCAACGAAUGGCAUGUGAGAUCGCCUCUGGCUUGCUGCACCUGCACAAAUGCAACUUUGUCCACAGUGAUCUAGCCUUGAGGAACUGUUUGCUGACUGCAGAAGUGACUGUGAAGAUUGGAGACUAUGGGCUCUCACAUAACAAGUACAAGGAUGACUACUUUGUGACGGUGGAUCAGGUGUGGUUGCCUCUGCGCUGGAUCGCCCCGGAGCUCAUCGACGAGGUCCACGGGAAUCUGCUUGUAGUGGACCAGACCAAGCCCAGCAACAUCUGGUCCCUUGGAGUGACGAUCUGGGAGCUGUUUGAGUUGGGGAACCAGCCCUAUCGGCACUAUUCUGACAGACAGGUCCUCACCUAUGCCGUCAAGGAACAGCAGUUGAAGCUGCCCAAACCUCUGCUCAAACUGCCCUUCUCAGAGCGCUGGUACGAGGUGCUACAGUUCUGCUGGCUGCAGCCGGACCAGCGGCCCACCGCAGAAGAGGUUCACCUCCUCCUGAGCUACCUGUGUGCCAAGGGUGCCAGCGAGGCGGAGGAGGACUUUGAGAAGCGUUGGAACUCCCUGCGGCCCAACAGCGGCAACAGCAGCACCCACAGUGCCAGUGCCUCUGUGGCCAAGCAGCCUCCCUCUUCCUCUUCCUCCUUCCCCCUGCUGGAGCACUUCUCAGGGGGUGAUGGCUUCCACUCUGAGGCUGGGGACGACAUCCUCACAGUCACAGAGACCAGCCGGGGCCUGAACUUCGAGUAUAAGUGGGAUCAAGCACGUCCAGAGCAGCACUAUCCUUCCUCCUCAAGCAGUGGGACAUUAGGGCACUCCCAGUACCAGGAUAUCUACUAUGCUCCUGGGGGCAGGGUUAGUGGCAGUAGCUGCAGUGGGGGUCUCUCUCUGGGAGUCUCCCCUUCCUACUAUGAUUCCAAACCGUCGGGACUCCACACCCCGGGGAUAGUGCCCAUGCUGAGCGCUCACAGCCCCUCUGUCAGCAAUGAAUAUUACAUCCGUAUGGAGGAGCCUAGCGAGUGCAACAUUGAUCUAGACUACACCAUGUGCUCCUACAGCCCAGAGCUUGGCGGCAGCAAUGGCAGCUUUAUAGGUGGUGGGGGCGGUUCAGGAGACUGCGACAACUGCCCUAGUGAAGCCCAGCCUAAUUCAUAUUGGUUGGAAGAGGCUUGCAAAGCCAGUGCCUACGAUUCAGACACCAGUCCAGCUAUCUCACUCACCAUGGAGCCUCUCCUGGGCCAGAUGUCUACCGCCAGCCCGGUGGAACCCUGGGAAAGCGAACAGUACUAUUCCUACAAAGUGCAGGAGAAAGAGCAGGGUUACUACUACGAUCAAUCCUCAUUGGACGGGGCUGACCACUACCUUUUGGAGGAUUCCUCUGAGAAUCAUCGGGAGAGCUGGGGGUCUAGGAGUCUGCGUCAAGCACUUGGCGAGUUGGAGGACCCCCUUGGGGUCUCGCCAUCCCUUGGUGGGCCCCAGCAGCUCUACAGAGACCCCUACAUUGAAGGAAGCAGGCCAGCCCUUAGCAAGAGGUCAGCUGGAGAGUGUUACUAUGACAUGACAGGGUCCCUUCGCAAAAACGUGCCUGGGUCAAACAUGGUAUGUGUCGACAUGGAGGAAGAAGAUUCAGGGCUCUUCAUAGGACGCCGAGACAGUGAUCUGGAAGAGGUGGACAUGUUUGUAGAGAAAGAAGCCUUGGUUCAGGCUAACCACUGGACAUCCAACAGCUCUGCCAACAAUAACAGCCUGAGCAAGCGGUCCGGAAACAAUAUCCAGGAUGGCUAUGCCAAUUUUAAUUUUACAAUGCCUUCAGCAGGGUUUGAAGAAUCCUGGCGUGUCUUCAAGUCGAAGGAGAACCUGACAUAUCCCGCCUCCCAAUCCUUUCCCUACCUGGAAGCUGCUACAUGCACAGAAGGAGGUAGAAUUCCCCUGACCAAUGAACACAAACUCUUCCCAUCAAGCGAGUGCAAUAGUUAUACAUACCCAUGCCAUGAGGAAGAGGAGAGGAUGUCCCCUCCUGAGGAGCACAACACUUAUCAAGAGCAUGGAUUUGUGGAUCCUCUUUUGGGAUCUGUGGUUAGGAGCUAUUCCCUCAAUGAUUAUAUCAAACAGAAACAAACUGUGGGGCUCAAAAAGGAAAAUGGAGAAAGCUCACCCUCCACAACUUUAGGGGGCGCUGUGUCAAGCAAUGUGGUGCCUGAGACAGAGCUGAACCCUGAUCUUGUUAGCUUGGGAAAAGCAGGAACCCCUGUGGACAAAACAGAGCAGUCCAUGAAUACUGUUGUUGGCAGAAAGUCCUCUGAAAAGGAGGAAGAGAAUGAAGACUGUUGUCUGUCAGAACUGAAACAUCCAGCCCAAAACAGCAUGAGGUCUGUCCAAUCAGAAGGACUCACACCGGAAAUGGCUCAGAGUACCCAGUCAGAACUGGACUCAGAAACCAGUCGGACCGCGGAGAGCGGAAUGGAUAAGGGUUGCUCCAGCAUCAGCUUGGUGGAGAUUGAUGACUGCAGUGAUGAUGACAUCACAGAUGUCACCUCAGGCGUCUUUACAAAUUUCCCUAUGGAUUAUGUGGGAGAUGCCCCCCCAGCUGUCAAGUCCCUACAGAAGCAGGCGGGGACCCCGGACUCCAUAGAGUCCCUAGAUCUGCCUUCCACCAGCAGCUUCUGUGAGUCGUUCAGCCCCUCCACCUUCCACCCCUCCAGCCAGCCCAAAGCAAUAGACAGCGGCUAUGACACGGAGAAUUACGAGUCGCCUGAGUUUGUACUGAAGGAGCCUCACGAUUCACGGGACCCUGAGGGAUUUGUACAGCCCCUGGAGAAGCCUUCUGUUAGUGAAGUUCCAGGGCUAGAGGAGACAGAGACAGAAGUUGGGGCAGAGGUGUGCCCCGGAGUGCCGCUUUCAACAUCUCACAGUACAGAGCUGGGUGGGUUGAAUGAGAAAAACCCCUACAGGGACUCUGCCUAUUUUUCAGAUUAUGAUGCAGAGAACGAGAAGUACUCCCGGGAUGAAGGGGACAAGUUUCCAGAGAAACUGGAUGAUGACAUUAUUGUCCCAGAGCCCGGAAAAGAAGGUCCCAUAGCUGACCCGGCUAGCCUGAAAGUGGAGGAAAAGGAACCACAGCAACAAAAACAACAACAGGAGAACCAUGUGGAUGAGAAAGAUCAGUUGCAGAACGAUAAUUCAGGCAGACAGUUUGAUGAACAGAAUCAGAGGCAAGAUAUUGAGGAUGGUGGUGAGAUUUUAGCCACUCCAGAGGUCCUGGAAGCAGAGUUUGCUACUGCUCAUUCAACUCCUACUCCUUCAAGUCUGACUCCUCCUGAGAUAGAGGAUGAAGGUCUGGAGUUGGAGCCAGAACUCUGCAGAGAUGAGCAGUAUUCCGAAAUCUGCACCUCUUCAAUUCCCGAGGAAGCAGCUCAGCCAGAGCAUCCUGGUAUCCCUGAUGAAGUGCAGGAACCUGGCAGCUUGGAGGGUCCUUUGGUUGAGACUUCAGGCUCUGCAAUGGGGGGAGGAGCAUCUAAAAACAAAACUGAGACCAGCGACUGCAGAGAGGAAGGGGAUGGGGGGGAGCCUGCAGAAGACACAACAUCUACGGGUAUUCCCAUAGCGGACGAUAGCCCUCAGCAACCCCACAGCAACUGUCCUGAUGUGGAAAGCCGGGGAAAGGAGGACCCAGGAGAGGCUUCAGAGUGCCAGAUGGGCAGGGUGUCCCUGGCUGAUGGAGAGGAGGCAGAUGAGGAGGACAGGGACUCGGAGGACAGUGAGGAGUCGGACGAGGAGCUCCGCUGCUACAACAUCCAGGAGCAGAGCGAGGAGAGCGAGGAGGAGCUCCCCGCAGUGUCCAUCGUGGUCAGCGACAGCAGUGAGGCGCACAACCUGCGCAGCCUCCUCAAGAUGCCCAGCCUGCUCUCCCAGUCCUUCUGUGAAGAACUCGACCGAAAGAAGAAAGCCGUCUCCUUCUUCGACGACGUCACCGUCUACCUCUUCGACCAGGAGAGCCCCACGCGGGAGCUAGGAGACCACAGUUUCCCUCAGGGGGAAGAGUCCAGUGGGCAGAGCUCUGAGACAGGAGAGACACGCCCCCAGGAAAGGGUCAGAACCUCGGACGACUCAUCUGAUGGGAAUGUCUCUGAAGAGAGCGGAGGGUUCGAGUGGGAUGAUGACUUUCCCCUGAUGCCGGUCUCUUCCUCUCCGAUGUCCUCGCUGGGACCGUCCCCCAUGAACCCCCCCGUGGCCCCUAGCCUCUCCCCCAUAGCCCCAGAGUCGAAGCAGGGCCCCGCAGUGCAGUACUCCCGCUUCACCGUGUCUCCGUCCAGCGUCUCCCGCUUCUCAAUAACGCACGUCUCCAACUCUGACGUCGACUCUGUGGGAGGGAGCAGUGAAGAUGGAGAGAGGGAGUGAGAGAGCCAGUGCAAGAAGGGAGGAGGGAGGGAGAGAGAGAGAUGGAGAGGAAGGAGAGAGUGUCCCAGGCCUGGCAGCAUUGGCCUCUUUUUGCACAGACUGGGCCUUGCAUUGGGGGGCUCCAGCUGGGACCCCUGCCCUGAUGAAACCUGAGCUGCCAUCCCAGGACAGUGCCUCUUAACGCCAGCGGAAACAGACGCUUACAGCCCCCACUGCCCUGUUGGAGGGGUGGGUGUGGAUGUACACGAUGAUAAUAUAUAUAUAUAUAUAUAUAUAUAUAUAUAUAUAUAUAUAUAUAUAUAUAUAUAUAUAACUUAUAUGCAGAUUAUAACUUACAUGUUGCAGAACCUUCAAGCUCAACGUCAUUUGUAACGGAACUGCCAUUUUACAAAAGAAAAGUGAAAACAGACUGCUGCUGGAGAUUUUCAACAUGCCCGUUCUGCGUCAGGCCUGACCAUCUGUGAGCACCCAGAUAGCCUCCCGUCUCAAAGGUUUUCAAAGAGAAGGAAGGGGUGAGGGGUUGUGGGACUGGAUAUAUACUUCCUUACCAAACUAAUAGUUACUGGUGGGACGAAGUAAAGGGGUGUCCUGGUUCACUGAUAUCUCUCUCAAAGAAUAGCGUUUAUGAAACAAGGGAAGAAAACUAGAAGCAGUAUUGGGGUUUAUUAUUAUUGGACAUUGUAGUGUCACGGAUAGUGAUACAGUAUGAAAACGUACUUGCCAAUGCAUUUGCCAAAAUACUUACAGAGCUUGUAUGUUUUUUGUAAUUAGGCGGACUGUGGUAUUUUUUGGUAGUGCUGUACACCUUCUCGUCCAGGAACUAUGUGCUGUAUGCUUCUCCUUUUUUGUUUCAUUCCAGUUGUCUGAGUUCAGGUUCCUAUCAUAUGCAUUGCUAACGUUGAUUGUAUGGAAUACGUAUUACGUGGCUAUAUCAAUGCAGGGAAAUUUAGCUUGCAAAUAAAAUCAGGAUUUAGGAAUUAGAGUUGUAGAAAAUAGUCCAUGCUGGCAUAUCACAAAAGUAUGAUAAAUGCAUAAUAAUGAAACUGAAAUUGAAGUCUUGCAAUCUCCAGUGCUGGAAACAGGACACCUACGUCGGCUGGGGGAAAAAAAAAAGGAAAUCCUAAUAUUAUGCCAAAAUCACCUACCCUUUAAUUGAUUUUUUUUUUUUAUUUUAUUUUUUACAUUUUAGAAGUAUUGCAAUUCCUUGAAGGGAAUUGCAUUUAAGCAUUUUUUUUUAAAAGGGAAAGAGAAUUCCAAAUCCCAACUGCCACUAAAUGUGACCCGUCUUGUUGUGAGAAUGCCACGUUGGCAGCUGAAUAUUUAUCCCACACACAGUGUUCAGUGUUUCCGUAUGCCUUUCAUCAAUUUCAUAUUCUGUAAUAGUCUAGGAGAGGAGCUCAGCUACAGUCUGUACUAUUUUUGUAAGAAAGUAAAGAGAAAAAAAAAAAAAGUUUUAAAUUUAACAAAGAUAAAAUAUCAUAUUAUUAUUAUUAGAAGUUAAAUGUUGCCAAAGAGAUGUAACACAUUUAUGUGGCGUCCUGGUCUUAAUUUGUAGCUUUUAGAUAUUUUAUUGUGUAAGGUUAUUAAACGAAACAUAAGAAAAUGUUGUCUUCGGUGUUUAGUUUAGCUAGUCGUGUAAUGGGAACUCUUGUGUCACAUGAUGGGGGAAGCCCCAUGAUCUACAACAGAGCCGCCUGUUAUUCUUUCAUACCUGGAAGACUUCAUUGAGUUGACUGAGGCACAGUUUCAGUGCUGGAGGUUGGUUUUUAAAGCUAAAGGAUGUGAAUUGAAAUGCAUACACAGGUGCAUGCAUCACAUGUAUAGUGAUAGUUUCCCACUAGAUUGCCUUGAUUGCUGCCCCACCUGUUUCAUUUAUAAAAUGUGUUGUUGCAGAAAACUGUUGUACAGGGUGGGGAAAAAGUCAUGCCCCAGAGAAUAAAAUAAAGCCAGUCUGUUCAGGUAAUGAGCUUAAUGGUGCAUUGAAUGGGAUCAUGAUCUACCAACAACCACAAUUUAUUACAGCCAGAAACCUGCCCAUCCCUGAUCUACACCCAUGAUUAUUAGAAUAAAAUGUGAUUAUUUAGUGUGUAUGGAAGCACACUGUCAGGUUUACUUUACUAGUAUUUUUGCGUGACCUCUGUCAUGUGACAAUGGAGUAUUUACUUACUUAUUUGCAAAAAACUGUUAAACUGGCUCGAGGUGACAUUAUCAACUGGACUGUACAGAACAGAUGGCUACCUAACUUUUUAAAUGCUAUCUGCAUGAAAAGCGAGUCUUUCGAUCCCAAGCUCGCCACCCCCCCAGUACAGUACCGGUGUGUUCAUUUAAGAAACAGGUUCACUACUGCCCUCUCCUUUCCCAGUGCUUACUCCCAUACAGAGCAUGUGUCAAACAUUGUUGGUCGAAUAAAAGCAUUUUUAAAAUAUCUUAAAAUUCAAUCUCUGUGACCUAUGUACUUCCAUUUCUUUAGGUCUUACUUUUUUUGCAGACUGGAUCAUUGGUUUUGUUGGUCUAAGGCUGGUGCUGUUUUUAACAACAGUCUUGCUAGUCAGAAUUCGAUCUAGAAUGUCUGUGGACAGUUGAUUUCUUACGUCUGUUUUUUUUUCAUCUGAGAAAAAAACUUGUUCUAAUUUUUGCAGUACUGUGUGGCAAAGCCAACAUAUUAAUGGCAAACUUGGCAAGUGUAGGAAAGCGUGUCUCUGCUAGGUGUAGACGAGAGUGCAAUUUUGUGCCAGUUUUCGUCAGCCGCCAAAUCCCAAUUAAGAUCCGUCAAGUCACUCACUUGGUACUGCAUACAUUCCAUUUCUAGGCUAUCCAGCAUAUUUCCAAGAACAAUCUGAGCUACUCAAGCUAGCAAAGCCAGAGCAUGGAGGACAGAGCCCAGCCAUGCAGGUGUCCGCCCAAGCUUACUAGGCGCCUGGCCAGUAGGGUCCGCUGCGGUCCCUUCCGGUUUUGCCUCCCUAACCCUGACUGCUAUUUUGAGUAUUUGAAGACCCCCACCCCCAUCUCCCAUCUCCCAUCUGUCCAGGUGGCGGCACUCAGGAGUCCCAUUGUUGGAGCAUCACUUUUUAAACCACUGCUGACUAAAGACUGUACCAGUCUGUUUACAGCAAGCAUAUUCCUCAAAGGUUGGUAGAGUUUUUAAUUUUUUUUUUAUUUCCCAUAAUUUACAUGACACAACAGUGACAUUUGCUGUAUGCACACUCAGUGACAAAACAAGAAGGUUAGCACAAUACAAUGAAAACAGUUAUAGUAAUAAACAUUGUCUAUAUAAAUAAGUAAAUACAGUCAUGCUGGAUUACCAAUGCA